UAGAAAAAGAAAAAAAACAGAGAGAAAGGACAGUCGACACUUGGCGCGUCCAUGAAGCCCUAAAAAAGCGAAGAAGAAGGAAAGAAAAGAAAAAAAUUGGAAACGCAAGACACCAAAACAAGAGGAGAGGGUGAAUUCCAAAAAAAAAAAGCAGAGCAUAACAGAUAGAAAUACAAGCGCAGAACAGAGAAAUUUAGAGAAUGGGGACGAAUUUCAACUUCAAGAACUUCCCAAAUGACCCGUCAGAUGCCGUUGGUUGCCGGCCACCGGGGAAUUCUCCGCUGACCAGACAGUCAUCGAUCUAUUCGUUAACUUUUGACGAACUUCAAAACACAAUGGGAGGAUCAUUAGGCAAGGACUUUGGGUCAAUGAACAUGGAUGAGCUGUUGAAGAAUAUAUGGAGUGCAGAGGAGACACAGACCAUGGCAACAGCCACCUCUACUGGGGUCGAAGAGGGUAGUGGUCUCCAGCGUCAGGGCUCGCUGACGCUGCCGCGGACGCUGAGUCAGAGGACGGUGGAUGAGGUCUGGAAAGACAUGUCAAAGGAAUAUGUUAUUAAUGGGACUAGUGCUGGAGCUGCUAAUAAUGUGCCCCAGAGGCAGCCCACUUUAGGAGAGGUGACUUUGGAGGAGUUUUUGUUGAGAGCUGGGGUGGCGAGAGAGGAUGUUCAAGUGGCUCCAAAGGUUAAUACUAAUGGUGGAUUUUUUGGUGAUUUAUCACGGUCGGCCAAUAAUAGUUUAGCGAUUGAUUUUCAGCAGAAUAGGGGUGUAGGAUUGAAUAACGAUAAUACUAAUCAGAUCUCUUUGCAAUCGUCUAAUUUGCCUUUGAAUGCUAACGGGGUUAGAUCAAAUCAGGCACAGGUGCAGCAGCAGCAGCAGCAGCAAAUAUUUCCUAAGCAGCCUAAUAUGGGAUAUGUGACGCAGCCUAAUAACGAUAAUACUAAUCAGAUAUCUUUGCAAUCGUCUAAUUUGCCUUUGAAUGUUAAUGGGGUUAGAUCAAAUCAGGCACAGGUGCAGCAGCAGCAGCAAAUAUUUCCCAAGCAGCCUAAUAUGGGAUAUGUGACGCAGAUGCCUUUACAGAGUGGUCCUGGAAUUAGAGGUGGAAUGUUGGGGAUUGGAGAUAAAGGAAUCGAUAGCGGUUUGAUGCAGGGUGGAGGGAUGGGAGUGGUUGGAUUGGGAGGUAUUGCAACGGGGUCACCUGCGAACCAGCUGUCAUCAGAUGGGAUUGGGAAGAGUAAUGGGGAUACAUCUUCUGUAUCUCCAGUGCCUUAUGUAUUCAGAGAAAGUGUAAGGGGAAGGAGACCGGGUGGUCCUGUUGAGAAGGUGGUUGAGAGGAGGCAAAGGAGAAUGAUUAAGAACAGAGAGUCAGCUGCAAGGUCUCGUGCUCGCAAGCAGGCUUAUACCAUGGAAUUGGAAGCAGAAGUGGCAAAGUUAAAAGAGGAAAACGAAGAAUUGCGGAAGAAACAGGCGGAAAUGAUGGAAAUACAGAAAAAUCAGGUCACGGAGAUGAUGAAUUUGCAGCAGGGUGGUAAGAAACAGUGCUUGAGACGAACUCAGACAGGUCCAUGGUGAAUUGAAAGCGUUUUGUGAUUAUCCCCGUUGAAAAUUAUGUAUGGUAUUGGUAGGUGACUGUACAUAUUUAAUGGAAUUGUGUUUUCUUCUGUAAAUGGAGAAGAUACGAAUUUUACAGUGAGAAGAUCCGGAGGUUUACUGUGAUGUAAAUCAAACCUUCCAAUAUGUACUUACUGUGCUUGCAUCUCUUCUGAACUUCUUUAAUAAGUAAUUAGAUUGGCAAA